AGGGCUUUCUAUAGGUGUCUGACCUCCUGUAGCGGGGUCCAUUUAUUGUCUCCAUUGCCUCCAAUAGAGUAAUUCCCGGAUAUAUACCUGGCUAAAGGCUAGUGCCUCUAAAUGCCCUGUCGUAUGUGACUUCACAGGAGAAUAUUUGCUUAUCUUGCGCAACCAUAUUCACCCAUUACACCCCCCAUUAUUACCAAAGUACCCGAUUCCGAUCCCGGAAUCCUUCCACUGCAUCUCACAAGCAAAUCAAUAUGCCGGUCGACUUCCAGCUCUCCCCUAGCGAAGCAGGCAUUCGCAAUGCCGCUGCCGGUUUCGCGGCAACCGUUCUCAAGGAUGCCAAAAAGGACUACAUGAAGUUCGCUGAGCACCACCAGCGCUUCCAGUCCACAAAGCCAAUCUAUGAAAAAGCCGUUCAAGGCGGGCUCAUCAAAGGCCAGGUGCCUGCCCAGCUUGGCGGGACGGGCGGAAGCCUUGUCGAGGCUGCGAUACUUGUCGAGGAGAUGUAUGCUGUUGAGCCGGCGGCAUCGCUAACAAUUUUCGCAACGGGACUUGGCUUGACGCCGUUGGUGUUGACAGGAAAGCCAGAGCACAAGGAGUUCCUGGCGCCUUUCCUCAGCGGAGAGGGCGCCCCAUUGGCAAGCUUGGUGUUCUCUGAGCCAGGUGGUGUCGCCAACUUUCUUGAGAAGGGCGCCCCAGGACUGAACACGACUGCAGAACAAGUUGGGGAUGAAUGGGUCAUUAAUGGUGAGAAGCUCUGGGCCACCAACAGUGCUGGCUGGGACUUUAAAGGAGCCGAUCUCCAGUGUGUGGUGUGUCGUGCAACUAAGCCGAGCUCCGAUGAACCCGCCGAUGCGCUUAUGAUCAUCAUGGUCACCACUGAAGAUGUAAAGCGCAAUGACCCAGGUGCCUUCAGUGUUCUCCGCCAUGUCUCCACUGCCGGGCACACGGCCUGUUCCGGACCCCACAUCAAGUAUACCAACAUGCGCGUUCCAGCCAAGAACGUCCUCUGCGCCGCAGGCACGGCUGCACCUAUCGUCUUGGGCAGUUUCGAUCUUUCUGCGGUUCUUGUCGGUGCUAUGGGUGUUGGUAUCAUGCGUGCCGCAUUUGACGCCGCGUUAGAGUUCGCAAAGGGAGACAACCGCAGAGGCGCCGUUCCUCUGUUGCAGAGACAAGCCGUCGCAGACUUGAUGAUCAACAUCAAGAUGCAGACAGAGGCGUGCCGCGCCCUUACCUGGAAGGCCGCAAACAGCAUCCAAAAUGGCCCUGGUGAUUACAAUGCCCGACGAGAGCUGGCUCUCUCGGCAAAGAUUUACUGCUCAGAUGCAGCGGUGAAGGCCUGUAUUGAGGCAAUUAAUGUCGUUGGAGUGAAUGCUUAUGACGCUGACAGGCCAUUUGCUGACCUGCUCAACAAUGCUAUGGUGCUGCCAAUCUUUGAUGGCGGCAAUGUUGGGAUCAGACGCCGACACAUGCAGGAGCUCAUGUUGUCGGAGGACUACGAUGCCUGGGCGUCGACUUACGGACCAUCAAAGUAGGCAUUGUAGACUAUCUUCAAGAUACUUUAGCACAAUAGCUAUGUUUGUCGAUAGAUCUUCGUCAGAUGAUUUUAUAUCCGCAGUCGCGAGAUGAAUGGCCCACAUAACAAAUGAAGCUUGUCCAACUCCUCGCCGCCAUCAUUUCAUCCUUCGCCUACUACUAUCUAUCGUGAAUUAAUUUGUCAAACAUAGUCCAGAUUUAGCGGUGAUCCAAGCCAGCAUGUCAGCAUGAUUGCUCGUAGAGAUGACGUACCCUAUAACCUUGCAACUCAACUUAAAGAAGCUACUCCGGCC